AUGGCGCCGCGAGCCUCAGACCGACCCCAGCGGUCCCCGUCGACAGACUCGCUCUCAUCCGUCUCGACUACUAGUAUCGUCUUCGACCGCAUACAAGAGGAGAUGGAAAAGGGCGAGGUACCGCCCAAGGCUCGCGCCAGGCUUGGGUACUCUGACGUGUACGCUGAGGAUCCCCUCAAGGAUGAGGCCUCUGACGAUGCCGAGACCGAGGCUUUCCUGGGCUCGACUGGAGCUGCGCUCCAGCGCCGGCCAAUGGAUCGAAAACUGCGGCGCAUUCUCUGCAUAGGCGCAGUCCUUUUUGCUGCUGCCUGGCUCGCAUCUCUCGCCGUCUUCGUCUCUACCGGAUCGUACAAGCACGCGAGCGAUGUGGAGCAUGAUCCAGACGCCGACUUUCGAGGCUCAGGCAAGCAGGUUACCUUGGAGCAACUGUACAACCGCUUCUGGUCGCCCAAGCAAAAGUCCAUCAGCUGGAUUGCAGGCCCUGAUGGCGAGGACGGCCUCCUGCUUGAGCGCGGAGCCUCGGGCAAGGAUUACCUCGUCGUCGAGGAUGUUCGGUCAGCUGUGGGAAAUGCAACUGCCACCGCUGCUACUGCAGACGAGAAUGCCCAGGUGGCAAAGUCUCGGACCCUAAUGAAGCAUGCCGACUUCGAAUUCAAUGGCCAGAGCUACCAGCCCCAAUGGCUUCAGCCCAGUCCAGAUCAGAAGAAGGUCCUCAUUGGCGUUGCCCAGGAGCACGUUUGGAGACAUUCCUUCACAGCCAUCUACUUCAUCUUCGACGUGGAGACGCAAACCGCUGAGCCCCUCAUUGCCUCAGACGCAAAAGCUCGAGUUCAACUUGCCGGUUGGAGUCCUAGGAGUGACUCAGUGUCCUUCACCCGAGACAACAACCUCUACAUCCGCCGCCUUACCGGCGACGGCGACAUUGUCCAGAUCACCAAGGAUGGCGGACCGGAAUACUUCUACGGCAUCCCUGACUGGGUGUAUGAGGAAGAGGUGUUCAGUGGAAACAGUGCAACAUGGUGGUCUGAGGACGGCAAGUAUCUGGCCUUCCUCCGAACCAACGAAACCGGCGUCCCCGAGUACCCUGUGCAAUUCUUCAUCUCACGCCCCAGCGGCCACCCUCCGCCCAGUGGCGAGGAGGCGUACCCCGAGGUGCAGGAGAUCAAGUACCCCAAGGCGGGCGCGCACAAUCCGGUGGUGGACCUGCAAUUCUACGAUGUCUCCAAGGGUGAUGUGUUUUCGGUCAGCACCGGUGACGAGUUUCCCGAUGACGACCGCAUCAUCAACAACCUCGUCUGGGCCGGUGACAAGGUUAUUGUCAAGCAAACCAAUCGCGUCAGCGACAUUCUGAAAGUGAUCCUCAUCGACGUUGAAAAACGUCAGGGAAGCACCAUCAACACCAUUGAUGUCAACAAGAUUGACGGUGGCUGGUUCGAGAUUUCUCACUCCAUGACCUACGUACCAGCCGACCCUGAGAAUGGGCGGCCAGAGGAUGGCUAUGUGGAUACCGUCAUUCACGAUGGCUAUGAACACAUUGGCUACUUUACGCCUCUCAACAACUCCGAGCCCAUUAUGCUCACCUCCGGUGCAUGGGAAGUAGAUGAUGCCCCGUCCGCUGUGGAUCUCGCCAACAACCUUGUCUACUUUGUAGCCACCAAAGAGUCUUCCAUCCAGCGUCAUGUAUACUCUGUGAAGCUCGACGGUUCUGACCUGCAGCCUCUCACAAACACGUCCGCCGAGGCCUUUUACCGCGCCUCCUUUUCGUCAGGAGCAGGUUUCGCGCUGCUGUCCUAUCGCGGACCCAAGACUCCGUACCAGAAAGUCAUUUCCACGCCCUCCACAACCAUUGCAUAUGACGUUGUGGUUGAGGACAACGCUGAGCUCGCCGAUCGUGCCAAAAGACACGAGCUCCCUGUUCUGAAAUACGGAACUCUUGACCUCGGCAACGGAGUCGAGGUCAACUACCUCGAACGUCGUCCGCCUCACUUCGACCCCAAGAAGAAGUACCCCGUCCUCUUCCAGCAGUACUCCGGCCCCGGCUCGCAGCAAGUCACUAAGGCCUUCACCGUUGACUUCCAAUCCUACGUCGCCUCCAACCUCGGCUACAUCGUCAUCACCGUCGACCCCCGCGGCACGGGCUUCCUCGGCCGCAAGCACCGCGUGCCCGUCCGCUCGCAGCUCGGCCUCCUCGAGGCGCAGGACCACAUCGCCGCCGCCCGCCACUUCGCCUCCCUCGACUACGUCGACGAGUCCCGCCUCGCCAUCUGGGGCUGGUCCUACGGCGGCUUCACCACCCUCAAGACGCUCGAGCAGGACGCCGGCCGGACAUUCUCCUACGGCAUGGCCGUGGCCCCCGUCACGGACUGGCGCUUCUACGACAGCAUCUACACGGAGCGGUACAUGCGCACUCCGCAGGAAAACGACGAGGGGUACAACCUGUCCAAGAUUUCCAAUGCCACUGCGCUUGGAGAGAAUAAGCGGUUCUUGCUUAUGCACGGCGUGGCGGACGACAACGUGCACUUUCAGAACUCGCUGACCCUGUUGGAUAAUCUCGAUUUGGCGGGCGUCGAGAAUUACGAUGUGCAUGUUUUCCCGGACAGUGACCAUGGGAUUUACUUCCAUGGGGCGAAUCGCAUUGUGUAUGAUAAGUUGAAUAACUGGCUCAUCAAUGCUUUCAACGGCGAAUGGCUCAAGGUUUCUCAUCCUAAGCCCAUCGCUAAGAAGGCAUGA